AAUGUGGUUAUAUUGUGCCUUUCUACGAGAUUAUUCUUAAAAAUGGACUCAGAUAACGACAAUAAUAUACCAGAAAAUAGAGAUGAGAUGGCAGGGCCCUCCAUUUCAGACUCUGAAUCUGAGGUUAGAGAGUCUAAUCAAAACAAUAGGAGAAGAUCCAGGAAAAGACACGACAGAUGUACUAUUUUGCUUAGGAGGCAACGCAAAAUGUUUGAGAAAAUGCUGGAUAUGGCUCUCCGCAAGAAAAGACUGCAGUUGGAUUAUAUGAGAAAAGAACUUGAAAUGAAAAGGCAGUUACAUAAUUUAAAGAUGCAAAUGUUGAGGAGUGAGCUUGAUUUUAAAAAGAGGCUCUUGGCUCUAAUGAAUGAGGGUCUUGAUGACGUUAACAUGUAGUGUCUAAUGUUUUGUAUUUUGUAAGAUUUUUGAUAAGUUUGUAUUAAAUAAAAUGUUUUCGUGGAAAAUUA